UUUUUCCAUAUUUUCCUUAAGGUCGUCCAUCACCCACAUCGUCAUCGGCAUCAGCGUAAGGAUUCCAUCGAAAGUCAGAAGUCCAAGAAACGGAACGUCCAGCAGCGUGAUGAUGGCGAUAGCAGCAGUGAAGAUUCGAUGGAUGAUUCCGUCAACUGCCAGGACUUGCUCAACCGAUAUGCCAGUGAUAAUGAUGACUCGAGCUUCCACGUCGCCGACGGUUCUUCGGAUUCCUCAGACAGUUUCAUCUCUGAAACAGAAAAGUCCGUUCAAGAGGACGAAUCUUCGAAGGAAACGGAACCGAAAGCAUCGAACAAGCAGCCGAAGGAGGUGCAGAAUGGUCACGCUAAGCAAGAGAAGGCCAAAACCAACGGAAACGCUCUGCCGGCAGAGUCGGAACAGAAACCGGUCCAAGAUAAAGAAGCGAAGUCACGAAAAUCGUCGUUGAAUGUCGAAAAUGGAAGCGAGCAGAAAAAAUCGGAAGAGAACGGAACUGUUGAGUCGGGAAAGCAGUCUAAAAACGUGCACGCCUCAAACCGAUCAAAGUCGGCUGCUAGUUUAGAUCCGGAACAAUCGGUUGCAAACCAGGAACCAAAAACAUCGAAGAGCUCACCGAACCUGAUUCCGGUCGACGGGCAAGAAGACGUUGAAAACAAACCACAAAAUCAAAAUACCACAGACAAACAAACAAGCGGAUCGAUGAGCGAAGUCAAGAGUAACUUCCAGCAAAAACAGAAACACGCUCAACAACAAUCAAGUCCGAUUCAGCAGAGCCAAAAUCAAAACCAACAGCAGCAGCAUCACCAUAAUCAGCAUCAACAUGUCAACGGUGGAGGAAAGAAACACAAGAGACCGAGUCAGGUGCAUUACUGAGCGGUUUUAACAAUUUAUCCUUUUUCUUGCUUCUGCAUGAUUGCUCUCUCUGUUAAGUUGGUAGGAGCAGUGUUAAAGAUUAUUAUGUUUUUUCAUGAUAUGGUUGAUCCUAACAGUAAAUUCUAACAUCUACCCGUCUGUGGUUUUUUUUUCCUAACACUUAUUGUUUACUAUACUUUGUUAAAUGAAUAUUUAAUUUGUCGAAUAUGUGUGUGAAAAAGUUUGAAAAAUAAAUCUUCAAAUAAA